UCUUCUCUCAGUCCUGCUCCUUCACACGACGCAUGUUCUCUGCUCUCCGUGCAACUUUUUCCUAACAAAGAUGUUCUCCUACAGGCGAGACGAUCUUCCACUCCAGCAGUGGAGGUGCUGGCGUGUAGAUGAAGUCCACGUCCAGUGAGGUCCAAGACUAUGGGCGAGCAGUCCAUGACGGGCCGAACCAUGAUCCCCACCAUCCCGUCCAUCAUGUUUAUGUUCGGGGUGGUGGGCAACGUCAUCGCCAUCGUGGUGCUGUGCAAGUCCCGCAAGGAGCAGAAGGAGACCACCUUCUACACGCUGGUGUGCGGGCUGGCUGUCACCGACCUGCUGGGCACCCUGCUGGCCAGCCCAGUCACCAUCGCCACCUACGUGAAGGGCUCUUGGCCCGCAGGGGAGCCUCUGUGCCAGUACUUCGGCUUCACCAUGAUCUUCUUCUCCCUGGCCGGCCUCAGCAUCAUCUGCGCCAUGUCCGUGGAGAGAUACAUCGCCAUCAACCAUGCCUAUUUCUACAACGACUACGUGGACCAGAGGCUGGCCGGGCUUACGCUGCUCGCCAUCUACGUGUCCAACGCGCUCUUCUGCGCGCUGCCCGUGGUCGGCUUCGGCAGAGUCCAGAAGCAGUACCCGCAGACCUGGUGCUUCCUGGAGUGGCGGAGCAACACGACGAGCGACGCGGCGUUCAACUUCAUGUACGCCGGAUUCAGCUCGGUGCUCAUACUGGCCACGGUGCUGUGCAACGUGCUGGUGUGCGUCGCACUCAUACGCAUGCACCGGCGCUACGUGCGCAGGACGUCGCUGGGAACUGACCUUGGACGCGACGUGGAUCCGCGCAAGAGGGGGCGCAGUUUCCGCCGUCUGGCCGGGGCUGAGAUCCAGAUGGUCAUCCUGCUCAUAGGAACCUCGGCGGUGGUGCUCAUCUGCUCCAUUCCACUGGUUGCUCAGGUGUUUUUGAACCAGCUUUACAAGCCUCCAGUAGAACUGCGCCUGGACAUUAACCCCGACCUGACGGCCAUUCGCUUCGCCUCCUUUAACCCCAUCCUUGACCCCUGGAUCUACAUCCUACUGCGCAAGGCCGUCUUCCUCCAGCUGGUGGAGAACAUCAAAUGUCUAUUCUGCAAGGUGGGCGCCAGGAGCGGGCAGCAGACCAACGGAAGCUUGCCCUGCAAGGACGUCGCUCCUCCCUGCUCCUCGGUCAUCUCCAAGCCAGACUCAAACUCGCUGGCGUCCAGUGAACUUCGGGAUAUCGCCUCCCAGACUUUCUUGCACUUCCCCCAGGUGAAGGAGGUACACAAAGAGGAGAAGCUUGUGUGGUCUUCAUCGUGGAGACACUUGCAGGUGACCAAGACUUGUAAGCAGGACAGGGAGGGGGCCCAUGUGUUCAAGGACCCCCACGCCUCCCCGGUAAAGGACCCCGCUUUACAGGUGUCGCUCAGCACUGAGACAAUGCAGGAGAAAUGCAUCUGACUUAACCCACCCAAUAUUUAGGAGCAAGUUCAAAACAGGAACUGUCAAUCAGUCAAGGAAAACAACGCUGACAAUGAACAUUUUAGCACUGUUGGCUGCAGCAAGAAAGUCCAGGAUGUUGAACUUCCCAACAUAAAGGGUCUUAAAGGGUUAAACCAACUCAAACACUUUGAAGUACAUCCGGAAUUUUUACUACAGAAAAGACAAAUAAUCAACUCAAAUACAGAGUAUAGACCAGGGGUGUCCAAACAUUUUCCACUGAGGCUACUCAAUGCCAUUUUGAUAUUGUUCAUUUUCAAAAUCAAUACAAUAUAUAGAUUUUCUUUAACCUUUAAGUCCCCCCUCAAGAUUGGUCCCAGGAACCCAGAAGGGUUAUGAGUGGGGCCAUUCUGCUUUUGGAUCUCCAAUAAUUUUUUAAUGAGAUUAGUUUUUUUAAACGGUCAUUACUCAAAAAAUAAUCAAUUAUUGACCUAUUUAAGACUCCAGUUACUUCACAUCAAACAUUCCACUUUGAGAGUUUUUUUUAUGGGGAAAUAUUUCAUAUUCUGUGUUUUUUGCCAUAAAAAACUGUGUUUUCUUUAACAAGAAAAGGGCAUAAAACAUAGAAAAGAAAAAAGAAAAAGAAAACUUUAUGUCAACAGAUGUGAAAUUGAGGUAGAGAUUUAAACGUUAGAAAAAACAACAACACAUGAUCUGUUUUUAAAGUAAUACAUUUUUUUUCUUGUUUUACUUUCAACGCUUAUCUCUAGAGCAGGGGUCCCCAAACUUUUUGACUCAGGGGCCGCAUCGGGUUAAAAAGAUUUGGCCGGGGGCCGGGCUGUGUAUG